AUGAUGGCGGGUGACCAAGCCGAGGAGGAGGAAGACACAAUAUGGUCUGGCUUGGAGACCGCAGGCAUGAGAGAAGCGAAAUGCAGUCUAUUAAUUCAAGAAGAUGGAACCUUUGAGCCACGGAUAAAGAGUCUACCGAAACAACGGGUGCUGGUGUAUCAAGACAAGGGUUACAAUCCUGCCACUGUGAAUGGUGGCCCACAAGAUGAAAAUUUUUAUGUUGACUUUAACGGCUGUACAAUACUGCAGUUGGAACCAGCUCCCGGGUCACAGCAACGAACAAUGCCCAUUACGCUGACAGUUGGUGGACGAUGUAUAUUUACACCCGAGAAUUAUCAAGAUUUUACAGUGAUGAUGAGAACGAGAGACCAGUCUUCCGAGAUGCACAUUUCACCCAAUGGAAACUUUGAUUGGCCGGAUGUGGAGUCACUUUUGAUGUGUCCAUUGUGUAGAAGGAAAGCAGAGAUACCGAUGGAAGGGGAUGAUUUUGAUCACGAGUACUGGUUACUCUUCUAUCCCUUGCUCCAAAUUACCGUUAUGAAAGGCUCACAGAUGACCCUGGGAACUAGAACCAUAUGUCGGUUAACAUGCUUAGAGUGCAUGGAGGAUCUACUAGAAGGAAUGACACUGAAAGUUCGGCCUGCAACGAUGAAUGGAAGGCGACCUGCGCUUUCCUUCACACUUCCAGCGAACGAAGUCCUGGCGGAAGCUGGAUCGGCUUCGUUCCUAGAAGAUGGGCCACCAAGACCCGAGACUCACCCUCAUGUCGAUGACAUUCUCGAUGCAUGGACACUAUACAACUUGUGGGAGCACUCUGGAGCUUGGGAGGCUCUGCAAAACGAUUACCGAAUUGUGCUAUCGAGAAGCAUGCACUCGGACAAUGGGGCAGAUAAUGCAGGAAGCAAUCAAGAUGCAAUUCAACAAAAGAAGAGUAGAGGGAACCGGUUAUCCCAACCGCCAAGAGGAGAACGGAGGAGGAGACACAAGCUAGUCACUUGUGAUAGCUGCAAGAAGCGGCAGUCAUAUACACGAAUGAAGAAAUGCAGUCGCUGUCGGAAUGCUACCUACUGCAGCAUCGAAUGUCAGAAAAAGAAUUGGCCAUCACACAAGGCGGUUUGCAAAAAAAUCCCGUAA